GUCACAUUCCUGCAUUCCCUUUUUGCACAGAGUGGGACGUCGGAGUUGCCACCGGACAACCUAAUCCUCUUUCCCCCUUUUUCCUUUCAAGAAACGCAUCCAUGACAGGGCGGAUUUGAUCUGAGAGGGAGAUCCCGGGUUCUCCAGGAGUCACAGUCUCUCUUCAGGUCACUUCCCUCCCUCCCCUCCCUCCCCCUCCUCCCCUCCCGCACACUCGGCGCCGCCGGUUGCCAUGGAGAACUCUUCGGUGGCGUCCGCAUCGUCGGAGGCAGGAAGCACGCGGUCUCAGGAGAUAGAGGAGCUGGAGCGCUUCAUCGACAGCUAUGUGCUGGAGUACCAGGUGCAGGGGCUUCUGGGAGACAAGGCAGACAGAGACCUGGACCUGGAUAACGGUGGAAAGUUGUCUCAGUGGACUAAUGACUGCAACGACAAGCUGGACGGUAGCUGGACAUCAUCACGAGGAAGAGGCUCAUCUAAACCAGACGAGUGGGAGCACAGCAGUAAUGGCAGCACAGGUUCCAGGCCCAGUUCAGGAUCCAGACCUGGAUCUGGUUCACGCUCUGGCAGCAGAGGUCGAAACAACCAGUUCAAAGGUCCAGCCAAGAACGGGAACAGAGACGGCUCUUUUGACAUCCUGGGGACAGAUAUCUGGGCUGCUAACACAAUGGACUCACAUGGAGGUGCAGGUUGGGAUGUGCAGCCAGAGAAGUUGGAUUUUAGUCAUUUCCACAGGAAACACUUAAGAGGAACGCCAAAGCACCUACCACACAUCGACAGAGAGGGGAUGAAUAAAAAUGCAUUUGAUGAAGAUGAUGGGAUCGAUAUGAAUGACAUUGAAAGGUUCCUUCCCCACCUACGCUCAGUUUUCCCGCCCCUUCCUAACGAGGCAGAGAUCGCGCACACCAAAAAGCUUUUCCGACGCAGGAGGAACGACCGACGCGCACCCUCCUCUCCUGCCUGUAGAACAUUUGAUCAAUUCCUCCGAGACCAGUUAACUGUACUUCUGCCCAGUGGCCCGGUGGGGAAGCGCCAAGUCUCAGCCAGGAGACAGCAGCGGCCUCAAGGAGGAGGAGGAGGAGGAGGAGGAGGGAAGAACCAGCCCCAGCAGAGUCAACAACUGUCACCGCAGCAGCAGCAGAGAGAUCAACCCCAGCAGCAGUCUCCAAACCAACAGCAGCAGAAUCUAACAGAACCGGGGGAUAACAGGAGCAACAGCGCUGGUCGGCCGCCUCGCCAGUACCAAGGGGGACAUGGGCAGCGCCAGGGAGGACCCCCUCACCACGGUUACAGCCAGAACCGGCGUUGGCACCACAAUCAGAAAGGUCAGGGCCAUGGACAGACAAACGCUCCAGGUGAUAAAGGAGUGUCCCCAAGAACAACCAAAGACAAAGAGACUGAGAAUGUAAAACUGGGCGAGGAGCAGAUCAGGCCGCCGCAAGACCGCGGCAGCAAGAGUCCCAGCGAAUCACCCAAAUCUGACGCAACAGCAAAGACAAAUUCCUUCCCAGAUCUGAGAGUUCAUAAGGAAUCUCCCAGCCCACCACGGAGCGGGAAGACGGGCGGGGACCAAUCGGAGCAGCCCAAAAUCAGCCUGCUGCAGUCGUCAAAGGAAAGGCUGUUGAGGAGACUAAAGGACAAGGAAGAGGCGUGCGUGGAAGACUCGGGCUCCGGCCCGCAGAACAUGGACCGGCUGGUGGACCUCCUCAACAACAUGAGGAGCAACAGCAGCGGCGUGGAGCAGCAGCUGGCCUCCUUCAUGGAGGAGGCGCAGUGCUCGGCGCGGUCCGAGGAAACCCUGGCCCAGGUGGUGGGCGCCAUCUACUCCACCGCCGUCUCCGACAGGAGCUUCGCCGCCACGGCCGCCAAACUCUGCGACAAGAUGGCGCUGUUCAUGGUGGAGGGGACCAAGUUCCGAUCGCUGCUGCUCAACAUGCUGCAGAGGGACUUUUCCCGCCGCGAGGAGCUGCAGCAGUCAGACGUGGAGCGGUGGUUGGGAUUCAUCACCUUCCUGUGCGAAGUGUUCAGCACCAUGAGGAGCAGCUCCGGGGAGCCGUUCAGGGUGCUGGUGUGUCCCAUCUACACCUGCCUACGAGAGCUGCUGGAGUCUACAGAUGUGAAGGAAGAUGCGGUCCUCUGUUGCUCAAUGGAGCUGCAGAGUGCGGGCCGCCUCCUGGAGGAGCAGCUCCCCGAGAUGAUGACGGAGCUGCUGGCGGCCGUCAGGGACAAGAUGCUCUGUCCGGCCGAAUCCCAGCUGACCCGCUCGUUGCUCAUGGAGGUCAUCGAGCUGCACGCACACCGCUGGAGCCCCCUGGAGGCCCUCACCACCCAAUAUUACAACCGCACCAUCCAAAAGCUCACCACCACUGCCUAGGUGCCAGCGCCCCCCCCUCCCUCCCUCCCGCCCCAUUAGGGACAGUGGAGAACAAGCCCCCCCCCUCCAAGUUCCCGAGGAGAGAUUUUUUUUUUUUCAUCUUUAAUUUAACUAAACACUCUCUUGCCUGAGUAGUCAAACGUUUUAUGUGGAUAUUGAGCUGAAUUCUAUAAUUAGCCCACCGCCGUGAGCCAGCAACACACAAACAGGCGUCCCUGAGCCGUGGAGGCAGCCGGACGCACACCGGAGGAAAUAAUGGCUGGUGCGUGGCCAGUAGGGGCGUGCUCAGCCACACACAGAAGUCUGGGAGCCCGGCCGGCUGUGGCUGCGCCGGAGACAAAGAAGGGGGAGAACAGACGAGAGAGGGGGUCAUGGGGGAGGGUGGGGGGAGGGCAGCUGCCUGUCCGUAGGGAAUAGAGAGAUCUGUACCCAAAGAUGAAUGGAAAAGGGGAAGGGGUGUGCGGGCGGGUGGAGGAGGUCAGGGUGGUCUGUGUCAGCCUCUUCAUUGUGUUCAUUUGCCAAACCCCCCCCCCCCCCCCCCCCCCCCCCCCCCCCCCUCCUCCUCGUCUCUCCGUCAGCCCCCGGAGUCUGUGUGGCUGAUAAAAGAGGAGGAGGAGGAGGAGGCAGGGUGAGCAGACACGGUGCUGUCUGGGCCGUCUGCCCCGCCGGGCCAAGGGACCAGGUCAAAGGGGGCCUCGCCGCCGAGCUCCCCAACUCCCACAGGCUCCCUCCCCCUCCCC